AAUUAAAAUAAUGGAUUUCUUGAAUUUCUCCGGGGUGGUGGACGAGCGGAAUACCACAUUCACCAACUCCUCGGCUACCGGGGACAGUGAGUACUCUCUCCUCUCCAUAACCGGACUGACGGUAGUCGUGGGCUUUCUCAUCCUGUUUACCAUUGUGGGCAACGUGCUGGUGGUCAUCGCCGUGUUGACCAGCCGCGCUCUCAAACCGCCGCAGAACCUCUUUCUGGUGUCCCUGGCCAGCGCGGACAUCCUAGUGGCUACUCUCGUCAUGCCUUUCUCUUUAGCUAACGAACUCAUGGGCUACUGGUUCUUCGGGAAAGUUUGGUGCGACAUCUACUUGGCGUUAGACGUUCUCUUUUGCACGUCGUCUAUAGUUCACCUGUGCGCUAUCAGUCUCGAUCGUUACUGGUCGAUCACCCAGGCGAUAGAAUACAACCAGAAGCGGACUCCUACACGGCUAAACGGGAUGAUCGUGGUGGUCUGGCUGAUCUCGGCGGUUAUCUCCUUUCCACCGUUGAUCUCCAUGGACAGGAGCAGUGGAGGGGAGAUCAGUCCUCAGUGUCGGCUGAAUGAUGAGACCUGGUAUAUUCUCUACUCCAGCAUAGGAUCCUUCUUCGCUCCCUGCGUUAUCAUGAUACUAGUGUACAUCAGGAUCUACCAGGUUGCUAAGACGCGGACGAGGACCAUGUCGGAGAAGAAGAGAGAGGUGGAGGACAACGGAACUGCCCCGUUACACUUUAACGGGUUGGGGCAGGGGGGCGAGGAGGAGGGGUGCGGAGGAUCUCUGAAGGAAAACGGUGGCGGCGGAGCGUUUGCCCGGGAGAACGGGCACUGCCAGAGCCAGCAGAAGACGCCGGUGCCACAGGGGAUGUUACCCAACGAACCCAAAUUAACCCCCGACCCCGACGAUGGAGACGACUUUGACGACAGCAGCUCGUCGGACGAAAAACCCACAUCCGCCAAAAAACAUUCCCAUUCCUCUUCCCAUCAGCAUCACCACCACCACCACCACCACCAUGACGACAAGAAGGAUUCCAAACCUUCAGAGAGAAGGAAGUCCACAGGAAGCAGGAAGAGCAGCUUGGCUUCGUCCAAACGCUCAGAGAGCAAGAAGUCGCGUGCCAGCUCUAAGUCCAUCGAGCUGUUUUCGUCCCGUAGGAAGCGGAGGAGCACCGUCAACAGGAAGAAAAUAACAGCGGCGAGGGAGAAGAGGUUUACCUUCGUCUUGGCGGUGGUGAUGGGCGUCUUCGUGAUCUGCUGGUUCCCCUUCUUCUUCAGCUACAGCCUGUAUGGAGUGUGCCGGGCGCCGUGUGAGAUCCCCCAGUCUCUUUUUAAGUUCUUCUUCUGGAUAGGCUAUGUCAACAGCUCCCUCAACCCCGUCAUCUACACCAUCUUCAACCAGGACUUCAGACGAGCAUUCCAGAAGAUUCUAGUCUGCAAGUCAGGGAAGAGGUCUUUCUGAACGUGGAUAGUCCAACAGUAUAUACUGUA